CUUCUGCUCCCCCUUGCCGUUUAUGACCCAGCUAUAUAGGUGUGUCACUCCCUUGCUAUGCGUGCGUUAAAUAUCCGCCCACCCCACUGAUUUCCUCUUGAUCGGUGCGAUCUUGCUCCGUCCAUUGAUGCCAAGAUGAAGACGACCGUCAGGCCAUGGGCACUUCUCGCUCUUCUUCUCCUCCUCGCCAGCACCUGCGUGCAGGCGGCGGACCAACAGACGUACGGCGCCGGCAGGAGGAGGAGGAGGAGCCGGCGACGUUCCACCGGGGCGGCGCCACCCAACAUCAUGGUGCCUAUCACCUUCCUCAACUCCUCCGUCGAGAAGGGAGCCGUGUGCAUGGAUGGCACACCGGCGGCUUAUCACCUAGACCCAGGCUCCGGGGCAGGGAACAACAGCUGGAUCAUCAACCUCGAGGGAGGCGGGUGGUGCAGCAACGCUCGGACGUGCAAGUUCCGGACAAGGAGCCGCCACGGCUCCUCCGACUUCAUGGAGCGGCAGAUCGCCUUCACCGGCAUCAUGAGCGCCAGCUCCGCCGACAAUCCAGACUUCUACAACUGGAACCGGGUCAAGAUCCGGUACUGCGACAGCGCGUCCUUCGCUGGCGACACCUUCGACAAGGGCACCGGGCUCUACUUCCGGGGCCAGCGGAUUUGGGAGGAAGCCGUCCAGCACCUCCUCUCCAUCGGGAUGGCCUCGGCCGAUCAGGUGCUUCUCACGGGCUGCUCCGCCGGGGGCCUGGCGGCGAUACUGCACUGCGACCAAUUCGGCGCCUUCUUCGCCGGCCGGAACACCACCGUCAAAUGCCUCGCCGACGCUGGCCUUUUCCUAGACGCUGUGGACAUCUCCGGAGGCCGCAGCUUGAGAUCCUACUACGCUGACAUCGUGUACAUGCAGGGAGUGGCUAAGAACCUUCCGCCGACAUGCACCGACCAUCUCGACGCCACCUCGUGCUUCUUCCCUCAGAACAUAAUCGACGGCAUAAAGACGCCGAUCUUCCUGCUUAACUCAGCGUAUGACGUCUGGCAGAUCGAGGAAAGUUUGGCCCCGAACAAAGCAGACCCCAGCGGCGCCUGGCGAGCCUGCAAGUUUAACCGCUCAGCUUGCAACGCAUCUCAGAUAAAGUUCCUGCAAGAUUUCAGGGAGCAGAUGGUGGCAUCUGUUAAAAGCUUCUCCGGUUCCAAGAGCAACGGGCUCUUCAUAAACUCGUGUUUCUCCCACUGCCAGUCCGAAUUGCCGGCUACCUGGAAUGGCUCCCCUGCCAUUCAGAACAAGGGGAUAGCGAAAUCGGUGGGUGACUGGUACUUUGGCAGGGCCGAAGUGAAGGCGAUCGAUUGCCCCUACCCUUGCGACAACACAUGUCGUCACAUCAUAUGAGAAGAAGAUCCUGCAAGCUAGGGCUGCUUCGAACGCAUAGACUUGUCGUGUGAUUAGAACUUAGAACCCAAUGAAAGGUUUUGCUCAUUUUCAAUGGAGAAUUAAGGCAGGAUGAUAUGAACAUUCUCUUUCAAUCAUUUGUCUUGUUCAUCUUGUUUAUCCAACAUACAUGAGAUCAGCCCCCGUAAAUGACGGGGCUUCGGAUGAUCA